CGGUGCAGCUAUCCCACAAUCCAACACAAACAAACAUGGCUGCUCCCAGUGUUGAUGCCACGUCUAGUUCUGACUUAGAAGCAGUAAAGCUCUUAACGGACGUGUCUGAAAUUCAAAAAGCCCUUGAAAAAUUAAAGAGAGAAGAAGAUGAAGUUAAUGAUGAGCUGGCUCUGUUACUUGAGAAACAGUCAAAUAUGGAAGACAAGAUGAUAUCACUUCACAGAACAUUACCAAACUUGCAGAUGCUUCAGACUGACUCAAAGCAGCUUUCAGGCAUGGUGUCCUUCACCUCUACCUUGGCUGAGAACGUCAGCAGCAAAGUCAGGCAGCUGGAUCUGGCCAAAAAUCGUGUUACCUCCUGCAUGCAACGUGUGGAAGAUAUUCUUGAUCUUAAGUACUGCACAGAUGGUGUUCAGCAAGCUCUACAAAAUGAAGAUUAUGAAAAGGCUGCUGGACACAUCCACAGAUUUAGAAGUCUGGAUGAGAAUGUGCUGAGGAUGAGUGACAUCACCAGCGAAGGGAGCUCCCUGGACACAUCCUUCAAGCUUCUGCACGACUCAGAGGAGAAGCUACGCGUCAUUGUGAGCAGCAAAUUCGACACGUCAGUUCAUACUCGCGAUGCGGCCUCCAUUGAGCGCUUCUUCAAGAUAUUCCCGUUGCUAGGGCAACAUGAGGAGGGUCUUACAAAGUUUGGAAAGUACUUGGCAUCAAAGUUGUCAGAAGAGGCCGACAGAACCUUGAAGCUUGCAUUACAUGGAACCGAUGCAGAUGAUAAAAGAGCCAGCGUGAUAUUUGCUGACACCAUCACAAAGCUGUUUGAACAGAUUGCCAAGGUUUUGGAAAUCCAUCAGACAUUAGUGGAAACGUACUAUGGGCAUGGCCAACUUCUAAUACUUGUGAAGCUUCUACAGAAAGAGUGUGACAGACAGACAAGGAAAAUCAUAGAACAGUUUAAAAAUAAACGAGACUUUGAUCUGCGGGUGCAGCAGGUUCAACAGUGUCUCAUGUUUGUCAAGCAGCCUGCCUCAGAGAAAGCCGGUAAAAAGGCAAAUAAGAAAGAUAAAAAAGAUGUUCCGAAAAAGGGACCUGAAUCUAAAGACCUGGACGUGUUGCUGUCUGAGAUUGUGCUGCUGAAUACGCGGGCGGACCUCUAUCUGAGAUUCAUCAAGAGGAGACUCAUAAGUGAUUUUGAGCAGGCUUUUCAAGAUUCAGAAACAAGGAAAGAGAAGGAGAGGGAGGUAGAAAUGUUCGUUGGUAACUGUGAUACGAGUCGAGUGAUGCAGGAUCUCAUCGGCAGCUACAUCAUGAUAGAGGAAUACUUCAUGAGGGAAAUGGUCCUUAAGGCUGUUGCCUUGGAUUCCAUUGAGCCCGGCACACCCACGUCGAGCAUGGUGGAUGACUCGUUCUUCAUCGUGAAGAAGUGUGUGCGUCGCGCCAUGUCAAGUUCUAGCGUGGACGGUGUGUGUGCGAUGCUCAACCACGCCUGCACAAUCCUGGAGCAGGAUUUCCGUGAGGUCUUGUACAGCCGCGUACGCGCAGGCUUCCCUUCUGGUUUUGAUUUUGCACAGGCUUACAACAUCGUGCAGUCCAGCAUUCAGCAGGGGAAGCUGCAGUCUAAUGAUACUGAGAAAGCCAAACUACAAUUCAUUACUACUAUCAACAAUGCAGAAGUUAGCUGUGAUUACUGCAAGCAAUUAAAAUCCAGUUUAGAGGAUGAAGUUUCUAAGUUCUAUGCACAGUGUUCCAAACAAAGUAAAGAUAAAUUAGAGAGUUGUUUGACGGACAUUGGGCGAGCGGCAACGGGUUUCAAGGAUGUGGUUGAGUUUGGAUUUACUCAACUGACAAGCUCCAUGAUAAAGCCAAGAGUCAAACCACAGAUAGACAUCUUCUUGUCCACACUUCACAACUUAUCUGAUGAUGAUUAUGCAAACUUUGAGGCCAAUGAUCCAUGGGUGCAAAACUUUAUUGUUGCCAUAGAUACGACUCUGGGGAGUUUCAAGGAAUCUCUGACAACAAACAACUAUGAGAAGUUUGUGAGCGUCAUCACCAAUGAAAUAACUACCCAACUUGAGAAAGCUGUUCUUAGGUGCUCUUUUAACAGGCUGGGCGGUCUCCAGUUUGACAAGGAGUUACGGUCCUUGGUUGGAUAUCUGACCUCGGUCACCACGUGGACUAUCAGGGACAGGUUUGCACGCCUCACCCAGAUGGCCACCAUCCUCAAUCUGGAACGGGUGGAUGAACUACUGGACUACUGGGGCCCUAAUGCUGGCCCUUUAACCUGGAGGCUGACCCCAACAGAGGUCAGGCAGGGGCUGGCUCUCAGGGUUGACUUCAGAACAGAGGAUAUCAAACGGCUGAAGUUGUGAUUUUGAUGCAAAUCAUUUAGCAUCAUUGUGGCGUCAGUUACAAGUCUGGCUUGUGCGACAAAGUUUAGCAGGCUUAGAUACCUGGCUAUUUUGUGUGAAAUAUCCAGGUCCAAACCUCAGAGGAAACGAUAAAGACAAAAUACAAAGUUGAUUUGUAUUGGCAGCCCAUUUGGAAUGAAGAAAGAAGUAUCUGUUUAUUCACUUGGCAUUUUUCAUUUAAAGUGGAAAGAAAUCUACUGAAAAGUCAAACUGCUGUGUUGUUUAAGAUUGUUAGUGGAAACCAGUUUGUUAGGGGGAGCUAUCAGUGUGAUCAGAGCUUGUAGCCUUAUAAAAAAAGAGUCUCUGUUUGCGAGAAAAGUGCUUAAUGCUCGUGCGUAAAGUGUCCUCCAAGGUUAGCUUGUGCAGUCUGUACAGGCUUAGAAGGGACAACAUAUACGGUAUUUUCUGUUAAGAGGAAGUCUCUUCUUAGCCAGUCAGGGGCCCUGGGCAGAAAGUGUUGGCACUGAUUAGCCUGUAUGGACUUCAGUUCGUGCUCAUGCAUGGAAUCCGUGAUAUAUGUUGUUAAUGUGAAAUCCAUCAAGUUUCUGUUCAAACAAGUUUAAAUCACUAAAUUGUACAAGUAUGGUAAUUGUUAUUUCAAACCAUUCAGACCUUUCCAUUUGGAAAUCGAAAAUGAAAAAAAAAUGUUUCAGAUUCUGUGAUUUGCAAAUGUGUGAAUGUGCUUUAAUGUUUACCCCAGGUUACAAUUGUACUAUAUAAUAUAUGUACCACACUUUUAAGGACUUUUGUCAUCAUAGGUAAUGUUUAAAGCUGCAGAUAAUCUGCCAAAAUAGGUUGAGUGUGAAAAUGUUGUUGCUCAAAAACAUAUCCAUAUUUCACACAUAGCAAAAUACAUAUAUUGGAUAUAUUGAACUGUCAAUGCAUUUUAAGGAACAUUUUAUUAAAUCAAAUUUGUUUCCAUAUAUGCAUAAGGUAGUGUCAGUGUUUGUUAUUCCAUGUGACACCUUCCCUCCACUGCCUGAUUCAGCUCCUUAUGCAGAGUAUAACUUGUGAGUAUUUAAGUGAUUUCAAUGGAACUGCAUGUCAGUGCAAAAUACAAGGAACCAAAGUCUCUUAAGAAUUCAGCAAGAGUUGUUUACCUUUUGUAAAAUUUAUUGUGCAGAACUUAAAUCUAUCAGGACGGAAGGUAUUUAACCCAUUUAUGCCUAGCGUCUAGAAAAAGGCCUUGGCAAACAGCGUAGACCCAGAUGAGACGCCACAUGAUGCGGCGUCUCAUCAGGGUCUGCACUGUUUGCUUAAAGAAAUAUCUGUCAGAAAUAUUCUAAAUAUAGAAAUAAAUAUACUAGACAUCCCUAAUUUUGGAAAUAAAUUGAUCCAAUUUAGAAGGAUGGGAGAGUCCACUAGGCAUAAAUGGGUUCAAUAAAAAUAUUCUCACUGAUAGAGGGCAUGCAGAGAACAAGAAUCUCAACUAUUUUGUCAGGAUUUUCCAUUGACUUACUGUUUGUAUAAUUUGCUUCUUGUGUGAUGUAUAACACUGCAAGUAUUGAAGGUUUUUAAAUCAAUUCAAUUUAUGAUAGAUGGCUUCAGAGACAUGUCAAGCACAUUAUUACGUGUACAAGUUAUCAAAUUGCAAGGUAUUAUAUGUUUUAGAUAGUUGUGUCAUAGAAUUGGAAAUGUAUAAGAUUGGGCUGCACAUUUGACUGAUGCAGAUUUCAUUUUGCCAUGUUUAUGUAUUUUUUCUGGACUUAUGAAGUGAAAAACACAAAAUGGCAAAUUUUGUUCCCCUAACCCCCUCCACAGGAACUUAUGAGCGGUUAGACUUAUGACUGAGUUUGUACGGUACUUCAGCCUCAGGCCUAUUCGGACCUCGUGUUGACAACAGUGCUUGGUCACAAACAAUCAGACAUGUUUUUCUUAAAAUAUUUUUAUAUUAUUAAGUGUUACGAGGGACCAAACCAAUUUAGUGUAACUUUAAAAUUGUUGGCAAUAUUGCUUCACUAUUAUCAUGUCAAUUUAUUAUUGUUAUUUUAUAAUGUAUAUAAGGGUUAUUUAUUCUUCAUAUGAAAUAUGAAAUAUUUUAUUGAAUAAAAAAAUUGCAAAUAUUAA